ACCGGCCUUUCCUGCCAGAGGAGAGGGGUGAGCAGCCAGGCAAGGGAUCGCCUUCCUCUCCUUCUCCUCUUCCUCCUCCUCCUCCUCGCUCCUCUCGGCACAAGCUGCCCCAUCGCCGGCGUCAAUGAAACUGGCCGCGAUGAUCAAGAAGAUGUGUCCCGGCGAAGGCGAGCUGAGCAUCCCCGCCAAGAACUGCUACCGCAUGGUCAUCCUGGGCUCCUCCAAGGUGGGCAAGACGGCCAUCGUCUCGCGCUUCCUCACCGGCCGCUUCGAGGAGCAAUAUACGCCCACCAUCGAAGAUUUCCACCGCAAAUUCUACAGUAUCCGCGGAGAAGUUUACCAGCUCGACAUCCUGGACACAUCGGGCAACCACCCCUUCCCAGCCAUGCGCCGCCUCUCCAUCCUCACAGGAGACGUGUUCAUCCUCGUCUUCAGCCUGGACAACCGGGACUCCUUUGAGGAGGUGCAGCGCCUGAAGCAGCAAAUCCUGGAGACCAAGUCAUGCCUGAAGAACAAAACCAAGGAGAACAUAGAGGUGCCCUUGGUCAUCUGCGGCAACAAGGGCGACCGGGACUUUUACCGGGAGGUACAACCCCGGGAGAUCGAGCAGCUGGUGGGAGGGGACCCCAAAAAAUGUGCCUACUUUGAGAUCUCAGCCAAGAAGAACAGCAGCUUGGACCAGAUGUUCCAGGCACUCUUCGCCAUGGCCAAGCUGCCCAGCGAGAUGAGCCCCGACCUGCACCGCAAGGUCUCGGUCCAGUACUGCGACAUCCUGCAUAAGAAGGCGCUGAAAGGCAAAAAGCUGCUGAAAGAGGGGGGACGGGGUAGCACGGAAGAGGCGUACGGCAUCGUGGCCCCCUUCGCCCGGCGACCCAGCGUCCACAGCGACCUCAUGUACAUCCGGGAGAAAGCCAUCGGCGGCGGGCAUGGCAAGGACAAGGACCGCUGCGUGAUCAGCUAG